AUGAAAAGACCUGCUUCUACAAAGUCUAAGAAGUACAGAGAGAUCGUUGUGACUAAGCAUCACAACAAAGAUAUUGAUAAAGUGGGAGUAAUGUCAUAAAAUUCUUUCCAAAGUAGUUUUACAACAUCAGCUAGCGAGUCAGGUUUUAAAUAAAGAUGUUCACUCUAGAGCAAAAAAAAUAAAAUGAGUACAAAAAAGAAAUCGACUAGCAUUCAUAAUACAGCUAAUUUCUUACGACCGAAUUGUGAAACAAUUAUCCCAGUGACUACUGAGAGAUUCAAGAGUCCACUAGAAAUAUCGCCACUAGAGAGCGACAAAUCGCCUCAGUCACUUAUCUUGCCAAGUGUAAAUAAAGUUAAUUAUACAACCUCUUCACUUCUUGAAAACAACAGAAACAGCCUUAAUACUAAUUCAUUUAACUAGAGAAAUUACUCAUCCUAAUAAUCUAAUCUUAUUCCAUUACAUGAAGCCCCGACAUUCUAGAGCUAAUGGGAUAAUUUCCUAUUAUAACAUCAAUAAUUAACAAGACAACUUAGAACUUAGGAGGCAUUGUAAGUAAUGUUGCAGUUUGAGGAAGACCUAGUAAAGUUGGAGAGUGCAAUGUCAUAAACGAAGGAAGAAAAUUUAAUUGAUGUGUCUCUGAGAUAUCUUAAGGCAAGCAAUGAUGCAGGUAGCGCAUAUUUUGAUCUUCAAAAUGACUAGUAUAUAUAAAUUUCAAUGUUGGAAAAUUAUAUCAACAUGAGUCAUGCAUUCUUAUACCUUGCCAUGCCUCAAAGAUCCUAUGCAACUUUGACUGAGGCGUUGACUCUAGGUAACAUGGUAAUUAGGAGAUAUGAUUAAGAAGUUCUUCUUUAUUCUUAAAAGCAUCCCAUAACUAGGGAUCUCUAGUUAAUUUUAAGGAAGCAUAUGAACUAUUAAUAAAAGGGAAAGAAAAAUAAGAAAAAUAGAAUCAACAUCAGUUUUGGAGGUAAUUUAGAUAAUAGCUCCUCAGAUUCUUCUUUUAAGGGUUCACCUUCCCCCGGCAGAGCUCCUAUUGGAAGAGAUAAUAAAUCGAAUAGAGAUAUCCCUAUCAUUAGAUAAGAUCUUGAAGGCGAUUCUAAAGAUGAUUAUAAUGUACUAGGAAAUUUCAUUCCAGUCUAGUGUCAAGAUGUAUCUAUAUCUGCACAUUAGCAAAGUGAAUUAUAGGUCUCCAGUGAGUAUAGCAAUUCUGCCAGAAAAGUACAGAAUCUUAAGUUUGAUACCUAUCGCGACGACUAAUUAGCUAAGUUCGAUGAAUUGCUGAAUAAAUUCCAUAAUUACAUGCAUACUGAUAAAAAGAAGGAUGCUGAGAUUCAGGCUCACACAUCUACUCAUCGAUCUUUAGAUAUUUCUCAUUCUGACUUCAAAGAUCCAAUUAGUAAUGUAAAAGGUGGCAUAGAUAAGGCUCCAGAAGUUUCAGAUUUCUUAGAUAGACAAGAAAUAAUUGAGCUUACCUAGGCCAAUAUCUUCAACGAGCAGAUAAUUACUCCCUAUAAAAAUGAUUAAAGAGAUACAAUCACUCCUAAGACAGACUUUGAAAAUGUGAAUAUUAACAUAUUCAACGAAUUCGUUAGAGAAUUCAAACUAGAGAAUAAUACAGAAUAAUAGCAAGAAAGAAAUAAGGCUCUUUUUAAGAUUUACAUUACAAGCAUGUCUAUUAAUCUUAAUAAAGAUAAUUUGCCAAGUGCACGAUCUCCAUUUGGUCAUGGGCAAAAGAAGUAAGUAACAUAUGAGGAUCAAAGUCCCAAGGUACGGCCUCUAAAUCUACCAGAAGCUAUUUUAAACACUGGUAAAAAUCCUUUAAGAGAUUCAAUUGAAAGUUUUGUCGGUAUUGGUAAAUAAAUUGUUUGUCAUAAUGGUAAUGGUGGAUUGUUGAUUGAUAAUAUCUAAAUUAGAGGAAAAGAAAUAUAAGGGCAAGGAGUAUAAAAUUCAGCAAACACAAUAUUAAAGCCCAAAUAUAGCUUCUAAAAAGCAGUUAGACUUAUUUAAUGCUGCAUCAAGGGCUUUCUUGCUAGAUUGGCUAUUAAAGCUAAAAGAAGAUAAGAGAAAGAAGGUAAUGGUAUGAGACUGAGUCAAAGAAUUGGAAGAUUUAUUUACACGUUAGGUAAUUAACCAACAGGAAAUCAACUUUUUGAUAUUAGUGUUUUUUGGAAUUACACUAAAGAUUUGGUUUACAUUAAGCUAAGAGAGUUUUCAGUACCACGUUUAAGCAAUGAAAUAGUCACUCAUACUGAAAGAUUACCUUAAUUUCUUUCUAAGCAUAGAGAUAAUCCAUCUGCUUUGUUUGAAGCUAUUAAAAAAAGAGUAUUGGUGAGUAAAAGAAGAGACACUAAGUCAAAGUAGAUAAUUUAUAUUAUAAGUAUUGAUUAGAAGUUGCCAACAUAUGGACUUAAAAGCCCGUAUACCUAUAAUUUACAAUCCCCUCCCAAUAAGGAUGAUUAGUUAUAUGAUAAUAACUUUCAUCAAGACUCCUAGGACACAGUAGAAAAUGCUGAAGAUAAAGAAACAAAGUUUUUCUAAUAGAGAAUAAGGAUGAUAAAAAAGAUAUAGAGAGAUAGAGACAAAAGACAUCAUUAACUAUAGCAAAAGAAGAAUGACUUUGAAGAGUUGCGUGACGAUAAAGAGUUUCAAUAUGAAAUGAAGCAUUAACAGGCCAUUGCAAUAAUAUAUAGAGCCUGGAGAUCUUUCAGGCUAAGAACUGCCCUUGAAGAUAGAAUUAAAAUCAAGAAUGAAAAAUUAUUUUAGUAUCAUUCAGUUCACUAAUUAGUACAAAUCACUGAUCCUAAAGUUUCUAGUAAAGAUUCAUAUUAAGAGUCAGAUCAUUAACAUAUCGAAACUUUCACUGAUCAAAUUGACAAUCAAAGAUCUUAAACUCUUCAUGUAAGAAUUAAAAGCUAGCCAGAAGAAUUCAAAUCAGAAGAAGAUUACGAUGGCAAUACCAUUACUAACGUUUACUCUGCUAAUUCUUAACCCUUCUCUCCUCUCUAAUAAAGAACAAACACUGUGUAAGUUAAGAAAUAGCAAGUUUCCUCAUUUAAAAAGUAAAAAGGAGGAAAUAGUAUGGUAUAAUCCCAUAGCUGA